UCGUCUAAAAAGCUCACUGAAACCCAUUUCAUAAAAGUCUAAAACCCUCGUUCCUAGAAAGAUAUGGCGAGGUUUCCGUCAUCUCCGACGCCUAACCUCCUCUUGAGGCUCUUCUCCUCUAACAAACGAUCAUCAUCUCCGACUGCCGCGCUUCUAGCCGGAGAUUUCCAGCUUCGCCAAUUCUCCGCCGGCAGCGCUGCCCGUGCGGCCAAGGACGACAAGGAACCAUGGUGGAAGGAAUCUAUGAACAAGCUUCGCAACAUCGGGAUCUCAGCUCACAUAGACUCGGGCAAGACUACGCUUACCGAGCGUGUUCUCUUCUACACGGGUCGGAUCCAUGAGAUCCACGAAGUCAGAGGCAGAGACGGCGUCGGCGCUAAGAUGGACUCCAUGGACUUAGAGCGAGAGAAAGGUAUCACCAUCCAAUCCGCCGCCACCUACUGUACUUGGAAGGAUUACAAGGUUAAUAUUAUCGACACUCCUGGUCACGUUGACUUCACAAUUGAAGUGGAGAGAGCUUUACGUGUAUUAGAUGGUGCGAUCCUGGUCCUAUGCAGUGUUGGUGGUGUGCAGAGUCAGUCUAUUACAGUGGAUAGGCAAAUGAGGAGAUACGAGGUCCCGAGAGUUGCCUUUAUCAACAAGCUUGAUAGAAUGGGAGCAGAUCCAUGGAAAGUCUUGAACCAAGCAAGAGCCAAGCUCCGACAUCAUAGUGCAGCUGUGCAAGUGCCGAUUGGUCUUGAAGAACAUUUCAAGGGUCUUAUUGACCUCAUACAUGUUAAAGCUUAUUUCUUCCAUGGAUCAAGCGGUGAGAAUGUUGUGGCUGGUGAUAUUCCUGCAGAUAUGGAAGAUUUGGUUGGCGAGAAAAGGCGAGAACUGAUAGAGAUAGUCUCUGAAGUUGAUGACGUUCUCGCUGAGAAAUUUCUUAAUGAUGAACCUGUUUCUGCUGCUGAGCUUGAGGAAGCUAUUCGCAGAGCUACCAUUGCACAAAAGUUUGUUCCUGUAUUUAUGGGUAGUGCUUUCAAAAACAAGGGAGUACAACCUCUACUAGAUGGUGUUCUUAGUUAUCUCCCUUGUCCAACUGAAGUCAAUAACUAUGCUCUUGACCAGAACAACAAUGAAGAGAGGGUAACAUUGACUGGGUCUCCAGAUGGACCUCUUGUGGCAUUGGCUUUUAAAUUAGAGGAGGGACGUUUUGGUCAGCUGACAUAUCUAAGAGUAUACGAAGGUGUGAUUAAGAAGGGUGAAUUUAUCAUAAAUGUUAAUACUGGAAAGAGAUUAAAGGUUCCACGAUUGGUCCGUAUGCAUUCUAAUGAUAUGGAAGAUAUUCAAGAGGCACACGCUGGAGAAAUUGUAGCUGUCUUUGGGGUCGAGUGUGCAUCAGGUGAUACAUUUACGGAUGGAUCAGUCAAGUACACAAUGACAUCUAUGAGUGUUCCUGAACCUGUUAUGUCAUUGGCGGUUCAACCCGUUUCAAAAGAUUCUGGUGGACAGUUCUCAAAAGCAUUGAAUCGAUUCCAGAAAGAGGAUCCUACUUUCAGAGUGGGUUUGGAUCCCGAGAGUGGCCAGACGAUUAUUUCCGGUAUGGGGGAAUUGCAUUUGGACAUUUAUGUUGAACGCAUGCGAAGAGAAUAUAAGGUAGAUGCGACGGUUGGAAAACCCCGUGUCAAUUUUAGAGAGACGAUUACUCAACGGGCUGAGUUUGAUUAUUUACAUAAGAAGCAAAGUGGAGGAGCGGGUCAGUACGGCAGGGUCACCGGGUAUGUGGAACCACUACCGCCGGAUUCUAAAGAAAAGUUUGAAUUCGAAAACAUGAUUGUUGGACAAGCGAUUCCGUCUGGCUUUAUUCCAGCAAUUGAGAAAGGUUUCAAAGAAGCUGCAAACUCGGGCUCACUAAUUGGUCACCCUGUAGAGAAUCUCAGAAUAGUAUUGACAGAUGGAGCUUCACAUGCAGUAGAUUCCAGUGAACUUGCGUUUAAAAUGGCUGCAAUAUACGCGUUCAGACUUUGUUACUCAGCGGCUAGACCGGUCAUUUUAGAGCCUGUCAUGUUGGUUGAGUUGAAAGUACCAACAGAGUUUCAGGGUACUGUUGCUGGCGACAUCAACAAGAGGAAAGGUAUAAUCGUUGGAAACGAUCAAGAGGGUGACGAUUCCGUAAUCCAAGCUCAUGUGCCUUUGAACAACAUGUUUGGCUACUCCACCUCACUCCGCUCCAUGACACAGGGAAAAGGAGAAUUCACGAUGGAAUACAAAGAACACUGCGCUGUGUCUAACGAUGUCCAGACUCAGCUCGUCAACGCCUACACCGCCAGCAAAGCUACUGAUUAAUUAAUCCCUUUCAAUCGAUAUUAUGGUUUAUCAUCUUAAUCAAUUUGUCUUUUCAUAAUCCAACAAUUAUUUAUACGGUUCACACAAGGAACAAAUUCACUCAGUGCCUAAUGGGCUUUAUAGAAAAUCUAUUUCAAGGUUAUUUGGGCCAUGAGCCCUUCAA